CCGCUGCUGGUGCGGGUGUCGGAGCCCGGCCUGAACUUAAACUUACGUCGGAAGCUGGAAGGCUACUUCCAGAGCCGGCAGUCGGGCGGCGGGGAGUGCAAGGUCCGAGACCUGGGCGCCGGCGCCUUCCGGGUGGAGUUCUUGGACCGGGCAGCUAAGAAGGGAGUGUUGGAAAAAGGAGAGCACCAAAUUCCGGUUGACGACAAACUUGUGACCAUUUCCCUGGAACGCACUGAAAAUUCAGUAGAGAAGAAUGGAAUGUCUCAAGUGCAAACACAGUCACAAGGGGCAAGGUCUGGUGAGAAGCAUCCAAAUGAACAUAUUCCUCAUUCUGUGGAUUCCUGUGUCCAAAAGAUCUUCCUUACUGUCACAGCUGACCUGAACUGUAACCUGUUCUCUAAAGAGCAGAGGGAACACAUAACCACUCUUUGCCCCAAUGUCAGAAAAAUGGAGGGCUGUGAUGGAAUUGAGAAGGUGUGUGGUGACUUCAGAGAUAUUGAAAAAAUACAUGGCUUCUUGAGUGAGCAACUCCUAAAAAGUGAGCAGAAACAGGAAUCAGCUCCUUUGACAACAGAGAGGGAGCCACUCCAUCAGCAGGACCAGAACAGCUAUGUUUCUCCCUCUGAACCAAGAACGAAGUCAGAAGGAAAAAGCAGUUGUCACACAGUUCCCUUGCCUUUAUUUGAAUACUUCAAAAAUAUCUACCCUGAAACAAUAAACUCGAUAGAGAAAAGAUUUGGUGUAAAAAUAAAAAGCCAGGAGAGUUCUCCGAAUACGGUCUCUUUAUACUUCACCUCAAGUCAAUCAGGUGACCUCAGAGCAGCCGAAGAGACUUUUGUCAGUGAAUUUCAGAAAAGCAUAGGAAAUAUGGAGCAGGAAUGUGUUGCAUUAGCAGACAAGAAGCAGGCAAAUAAAGUCAAUCAGGGAUUUUAUCACCAACUUAAAAAGCUUUUUAUAAAGGAGAACGAAAGAGAAUUACCUCUCCCUGGGACCCAAGAUGACAUUUCAGCUGCCGGACAUUUUCUUGCCCCCCAAAUCUCUGAAAGUCUUGCCAAGGUACCUGUGAAAAUAUUGCCUCCUGCGUGCAUGAUGAAUGGAAUUGAGGUUGACACGGCUCACUAUAAGUUUUUAGAAGCUGAAUUACUCCAGGAGAUAUCAGAGAUAGAAAAAAAGUACAACACUCAAAGUAAGAUUUUGGGGAAAGGUGAUAAAACCUGCAUUCUAUUUGAACCUAAGGACAAGGAGUUAGAUCUGUCUGUGCAUGCUUAUGCAAGUUUCAUUGAUGCCUAUCAGCAUGUUUCUUGUCAGCUGAUGAGAGAAGUUGUUCCUUUGGCCAAGGAGAGAAAGGACUUAUAUGGGAUCAAGUUUGCUGAUAACUUUAGAAAAAGGCAUCCAGAUGUAGACUUCGUGCCAAAUCAAGGAUCAAUUACUUUUAUUGGAUUGCCAAAUCACAUCGCAAAGGCAAAACAACAUGUCUUAAAAACAGGGGGCAUGUCCCCGUCAGCUGGAGAGAAAUCAAAUGAGGAUCAUGAAACACCCAUGGAUGUUGAUAUUAAUAAUUCAGAAACAUUUUUACCAACAUCCCAGCGCUCUGCCACUUCUGGGGCAUCGGGAAUGAACAAGGAAGAGGAUAUGUGUGCCAUUUGUAUGGAGCCCAUUAAUAAUAAGCUAGUGUUACCAAAGUGCAAGCACGAAUUCUGCACCCCUUGUAUCAAGAAAGCCAUGACAUAUAAGCCAGUCUGUCCUGUGUGCCAGACUGUUUAUGGUAUCCAGCAAGGGAACCAGCCAGAGGGAACGAUGUCUGUCGAUUACAUUGGAGAUUCACUUCCAGGCUAUGAAAACUAUGGCUCCAUCGUGAUUAAAUAUGAUAUGAGAGGAGGCAUACAAACAAAAGAGCACCCAAACCCAGGAAUGCCAUAUUCUGGAACACGGCGAACUGCAUUCUUACCUGCUAACGAGGAAGGGAAGGAGGUUUUGACACUGCUUCAAAAGGCCUUUAACCAAAAGCUAAUUUUCACAGUGGGGGAUUCUCGAGUUUCAGGAAGAUCAAACGUCACUACAUGGAAUGAUAUCCACCACAAAACCUCCAUGACCGGGGGACCAGCAAUGUAUGGUUAUCCUGAUCCUAAUUAUCUGAAACGCGUCAAGCAGGAGCUGAAAAAUAAAGGAAUUGAGUAAGAAGACUGCUGGAGGAUAUUUUGAGCCAAGUGUUCCAAAGACACAGUUGAAAAGGCAGAGUAAAUACCAAUCUAAAUCUUAAUGUAGAAACAACCUUUAAAAAUACUUAUCUCAAGGGGAUUCACGUAAGAGUAAGAAUCUGAUAGUCUCUCAUUUCUGGAGUGUCACUCUUUACGGAAGAUAAAAGCCCCAAAGAUCUAUCUGAUUUUUCUGCAGAGGUGUUGUGCCUCAUUCUUGUGUCAUUGUUGGGGGGAAUGGAGUGCUGUGGGUCUGAAAUCAUCUUCUGUGCUCUUCAGUUGAAAUACUAGCUGCCAAUUGAUCCUUUUUAAAUUACCAUCUCUGGGUGGUCCUUUAGUUUUUGAUUGUUGGUUGGUUGGUUAGCUCUUUAAAUACCCUAAAGGUAAUAUCCUAGUGUGAAUGGGGGAGGGGAGAAGCUUUGGUUAAAGAAAAUUAAGACACAUUUCCCUCCCUGAUGGCCAGAAAAGUGGCCAGGAGCAAAGAUUGGGCAACCUUUGCUAAUAAAUAGUAUAAGGCUAUUAUUUUUCAUGACAUAGAGCCUGGUAUAUACAGUUGGUGCAUAAUAUAUUCUUGCUGCCUGACUCAGGAUGCUAAUACCCCAGCAGAGGGAUAUAUGCUCCCGAAAUCUUUAGCAGAGGCAGGAGUAAGGAAGUCAUUUCUGGAGUCCUUACCACUGAUUUGAAAACUGAGUUUCUUAUUUCGUUACCCACAUCCCAGCCUCUCUGAAAAUGAUGAACAAGAUGUCUUUUUCUUUUCCUAAAGAUACACAUACACACACAUAUAUUUUUGGUUAGAGGGUAAUAGUUAAUAUUUAUUGUGGACUUAUUUUGUCCCCUUUAUAAGAUCUUUAUAUCUGUGUGAUUGAUACUAUUAGCAUCCCUAUUUUAUAACUGAGAAAACUGAUGAAAAGAAAGGAUACCUUGACAAAAGUCACAUAGUUAAUAAGUAGAAGUGCUGGGAUUUGAAGGAGAUAGUCUGGCUGCAAGGCUUCUACACCCCAGAGCUAUACUGCCUCCCAUAGGGGGACUUCUCCAUGGAGUGACUGAAGAGUUCCUGUUAUUCUGGGCUUCUCUCAAAUACACAUUCCUACAUGUUGCUCACAGCACAUUUCCUCCAAAGAAGUCCUAUUUGAAGAACUUAAAAACCCAGAAUCUUUUCCUUUAUCUAGAGAGUUGAGGAAGCUUAAACUAAAUGAUAGGCCUUUAAAAAUAUUAGAUGAUGCAUUUAAUUUUUGAUUAUUCAUUAAAGUCUUCACCAUUGUGAGUAGUUAUUUUGUAUCUAUUAAACUUUAGCUAAAUUUGCUUCAAAAAAACAAAAGUUUGGUUCCUGCUUAGGUCUAGAUUCUUGAUUACAAUGUAGUGUGUGCAUAGGCAGCUUAAUGGUGUGAGUGAUUGGUGAGCCUGUAGAUUAUUGUUUUUGCUCUGUGUGAGGUAUUAUCGGCUGUAUCUGCUUUAAAUAAAUUUAAAUAUUAGGAACAGA